ACAAAAAAAAAACAUUAUGUAAAUUUAAAUACCUGGGAAAUGCAGCACUUCUUAGAAACCCUACAUUUUUUUUUAUUCAAAUUGAGCCUAUCAAUGAAGCUCAAUCAAUUUUUAAUCUGAUUGACAUGAGGUUUGUGAACCUAAAAGUUUAUUAGUUAUAUUACUAUUUAAAAAUUGAUAACGAAUCGUGCUUUUUAGACAUUUUUAAUAAGAAAAAAAAUAGGUACCCAUUUAAAAACAAAAAGGCCAGAUUCAAACAACCGCAAUGCCGCCAUUUUUUAGUUUUUUUCGAUAAUAUGAACAUUUUUUAAACCAAAUAUUUUAAACUUUAAAAUUCCACGACGUGAUCGUUUAUUUCAUUUUUAACAUCUUCGGGUAAAAAUUCUGGAAAAACCCGCCGUUUACCCCUACCUCCCCCCCCCUUGAGCUGGAAACGGACAAUUGUCACGUCACGUGAGCUCACGCGUUAUCAUACUGUGUUAUCACGUCACGGUAAACAAAGUGUAUUACAUAUUAUUAUUAUGUCGGAUGUACGGAUUUUAAAUAGUAUAACAAAAUUGAAAAAUACCAUUUAGACUUUACAUUUGCAUAUUGUUUAGUUUUAUUUGUGGCGCUGAUAUUAUAUGUACUUAAUUUUUAAUAUACCAGCACGGCACUGAUGUCACCCUACCUCGGGUGACCUCACGAGUUCCACUAAAACUACUUGCACCAAACUUUGAUUAUAAACUUAUAUACUUGUACUUGUUUUUUUUUGUAACCAUAAUGUAUGAGCUUUUAAUCGAAAAGGUCCGGCAACACGAGGUUCUGUAUAACGUCGGCUCCGUCAAUUAUCGGGACCAACAAAUACGGCAAGCAGCGUGGGAAGAAAUCGGAAAAGAGUUGAAAUUACCAGGGAGUGUGGCCAAACAAAAAUGGGAGCAAUUAAGAAGAUGUUUUUGCAACGCCAGGAACCGACGUCGCGACGAUGGAACAAAAAGUGGUAUGUCUUCUAAGAAGAAGUCAUUAUGGAAGUACGAACCACAAAUGUCAUUUGUUCUACCUUUUUUGGAAAGCAGGAAGAUACGUGGUAACUUAAUUGAGUCUCAGACGUCGGCCAAUCUGAUCAGCGAGCCAGAAGAUACGUCGGAGGGGUCCGAAGAAGAAACCCAAAACGAACAGAGUAUUCAAGAUGACCAAGCUGUAAACGAUGAAGCGACUUUUAGCGACGUAGAACCAGCUGUCGAAAGACGUGAACACACGGCACGUCACAAAAAGCAAAAACCGCGUACCGAUGGUCAAGCGCAACAAGUAGUCGAACUGAUUCUAAAAGAAAAUUUGAAUCUUAGGAAACGUCAAUACGAUGGAAAGUGCGUCCGCCAGGAAGUACCCAAAACAAAUAGCCAGUAUGAAAAUCUAGACGACACCGACAUGUUCUUUCUGAGCAUGGCGAAAAUGACCAAACGGUUGCCAACAGUCGAGCAGGCUCAAAUUAAACUUGCAUUAAGCAAUUCCGUGUUGUCCGCAGAAAUAAUAUACAAUCAACAAUCACGUCCUUCAGCCAGCUAUCCCACCGCACAACAGCCGUUACUUAUUAAAACCGAUUCACCUGUGCCUAGCGACUGUCCCAGUAGCUGAGAUUGUUUUUUUUUUUUAAUAAUGUUCUUAUUUUUUUAUACGUAUCCAUACCCACACAGUACUGCUUAGACAAAAUUAAUAGGUAAAAAAAGACACAAAGAAUAAUUCUUCUGAGAAGAGGUUUCAUCACAGUGUGAUCUAUACGAAACUAAUAUAUUAUUAUAAUAUAAGUGUUAUAGUAUCAUAGUAGUAUAUUUAUAUUUACAAAUAAAUAAUAAAUAGUAUCACUUAAAAAUCACUAGAGAUUGAGAGAAUACCUAAAAAUAAAUAAUACAAAUUAAAAAAUACUUAAAUAGUAAUAAGAACACAAAAUAGAUAAAUCUUUCUUCGCGUCUAGUUUGGUAGGUGGUACAAUAGUUAUACAAUUAUUAUUUUAAUUGACUAAGGAGUAAAAAAAAAUAAAUGUUGGUACUAAAUGGUAAAAUAACAACCACUUAAAACUAACAAACGAUAGGGUUCAUAAUUUUAUAGAUCGUCAUCAAUUAAAUAACUAAAUAAGUUAUCGAGCAAUACCGCAGGUAUUAUAAAGUAAAGGUGUACAAAAAAAAAAAUUGUAUUAAAAUUAAUAUACAAUAACGUUUUGAUAAUGAAAUAAAAUAAAUAUCUAAAUAGUCGAUGAAGUAAUGUGAACGGACGUACUUUCAUAAUAAGUUAAUAU